GGAUAGCAAAAUUGUAAGACUGUAGCUGUAUACAGGGAGAAUACUAAAGUGGUGAUAUUGUAAAAGAGAUUACAGAUUGAAAGGAUAAUAGUGUAAAAGGAGCAGGAGGCUCCUGGUACUUUAAAUAAAGCAAACCUGAAUCUGAACCUGGUACGAUACCGAACUCUACCUAAAUGGAACGAUCAGCUAGUGAACUAUAUCUGACUGCGACAGAGAAAAGUGUGCGUCUGAGGUAGUUAAAUUUACAGCAUUGCCAGCUUUUAAAUGUACAUUGUUGCCACGUUAUAUCCUUACAAAAACUAUCGAUAUCGAUGCCUCUGAAUCCGAUUCCGACGAAAGCGUUCAAGCGAUUCGUCCCUGACAGAGCUCUCAGGCUCCCGACCGUUCUUGGAAUUUCCACCCAAGACCAGUGUGUCCAAUGGUGUCAGAGAUUCUGCUCCAAGUGGCAGAGAGGAGACCUCACGAAUGGGAUUGGACGAUAUUUCUGUACUACAUGUUUCAUAAAUGUCCCAAAAAUGUCUCGUAAUUCGGAAAUGGGGAGUUCCUGAGAUCAUUUGAAGUAACUUUUUCCUUAGCGAAUAUGCAAUCCGCGGCUUUGUUUACGAGUUAUUAACGGAAAAUAGUGAUCAAUGGGAGGCGAGUGCAGGAACUGCAAACUUCCAAAGCGCCAUCUGUCGUCGAGGGAUUACAAAAUUUUUAGCGCCAAAAAUUUUCGGCACAAAACAAACACCUGCUUCAAUCUGUUAUACGCAACUUGAAUCAAACUUUCAGUUCUUCGUUUUUUACAUGAAAGACGUCAGUUCAUUAAGAAAUGACAGCCGCAGCAACAACAGCCACUCUCCACGAGAGUGAUGAAGAAUUUGAAAAUUAUCAGCCACAAGCAAAGUUAAUAAAAACCCUUGAGAGAAAUGGCAUAACAGCAGGGGACAUUAAAAAACUGGAGGAAGCUGGUUUCUACACUGUAGAAUCUGUGGCAUAUGCACCUAAAAAGCAGCUAAUUGGCAUAAAGGGUAUUAGCGAAGCUAAAGCAGACAAGAUAAUACAAGAAGCUUCAAAAUUGGUUGUUAUGGGUUUUAAAAGUGCUUCCGAAAUUCAUCAAACUCGUUCGAACAUUGUCUUUGUAACUACAGGUUCCAGCGAAUUAGACAGGUUAUUGGGUGGUGGUAUAGAAACUGGAUCUAUCACAGAAAUUUUUGGCGAAUUUAGGUCAGGAAAAACACAAUUAUGCCACACACUGGCUGUCAAUUGUCAAUUACCCAUAGACAUGGGCGGUGCAGAAGGAAAAUGUCUUUAUAUCGAUACAGAGGGCACUUUCAGACCAGAAAGAUUGAUUGCUGUAGCAGAAAGAUAUAAAAUUGCUGGGGAUUCUGUUUUAGACAAUGUGGCUUGUGCCAGAGCUUACAAUACGGAUCACCAAACUCAGUUAUUAAUUCAGGCCAGUGCUAUGAUGAUAGAAUCUAGAUAUGCAUUGCUAAUUGUGGACAGUGCACUUGGCCUCUACCGAAGUGAUUAUUCUGGAAGAGGAGAGUUAAAUGCCAGACAACUUCAUUUAGCUAGAUUUCUUAGAAUGCUAUUGAGAAUUGCAGAUGAACAUGGUGUUGCUGUUGUUAUUACUAAUCAAGUUAUGGCACAGGUCGAUGGUGCAGCAAGUAUGUUCGGUGGGGAUCAAAAGAAACCAAUCGGUGGUCAUAUUUUAGCACAUUCAAGUACUACCAGGCUCUAUUUGCGUAAAGGAAGAGGAGAAACGAGGAUAUGUAAAAUAUAUGGUUCACCCUGCUUACCUGAAAGUGAAGCAAUGUUUGCAAUCAAUGCGGAUGGAAUUGGAGAUGUUAAAGAAUAAUACUAUAUUUUAUUUUUAUAUUUUUAUAAUUUCCGGACUAUUAUGUGAAAAAACUAAUUUAUAAAUGUACUUUAUUUGUAUUCUGUUUGUAAAUAAGCAAAAAUUGUAUAUUUUUUGUUAGUCGUAAGAAUUAAUUGAUUAAAAUAAAUAUUUUCAUAAUACAAUAGAA